AUGUGGAAAGCUUUCACAUGUAGGUCACUUUUUCAGAGACACCUGAGAGCACACACAGGUGAGAAGCCAUAUUCUUGCAACAUUUGCGGGAAAAAAUUCACUCAGACAUCAGGAUUGAAUGCUCAUAGAAGAACACACACAGGUGAGAAGCCAUAUUCUUGCAACAUCUGUGGGAAAAAAUUCACUCAGACAUCAGUAUUGAAUGCUCAUAGAAGAACACACACAGGUGAGAAGCCAUAUUGUUGCAAAACAUGUGGAAAAGAUUUCAGAACAAGAGGUAGCUUGAUGGACCACACCAGAACACACACAGGAGAGAAGCCAUAUUGUUGCAAAACGUGUGGGAAAGAUUUUGGACGUAAGAGUCACUUGACUGUCCACAUGAGAAUCCACACAGGUGAGAAGCCGUAUGUUUGCAAAACAUGUGGGGCAGCUUUCACACUCAGAAGUCACUUGACUGUCCACAUGAGAACUCACACAGGUGAGAAGCCGUGUGUUUGCAAAACAUGUGGGGCAGCUUUCAGACAUAGUGGCCACCUAAUAGGCCACAUGAGAACCCACACAGGUGAGAAGCCGUUUAUAUGCAAAACCUGUGGGGCAGCUUUCACACUCAAAAGUCACUUGACUGUCCACAUGAGAAACCACACAGGUGAGAAGCCGUAUCCUUGCGAAACAUGUGGGGCAGCUUUCAGACAUAGUAGCCACCUAAAAGGCCACAUGAGAACCCACACAGGUGAGAAGCCGUUUAUAUGUAAAACCUGUGGGGCAGCUUUCACACUCAGAAGUUACUUGAAUGUCCACAUGAGAAGCCACAUUCUUGCAGAACCCGCAGGAAAAGAUGCUGUCGGACAACAGAAUUGAAAUCUUAUGUAAGAACCCAUACAGGUAACAGACGCCAUAUUAAUGCAACACCUGUGGAAAAAAUUCAGACAUAACAGCAAAUCUUUAGUCCACAAGAGAGGAGGCCAAAACAGGGAGAAGCUGUCCUUUUGCACGAUCUACAGGAACUACAUGGUGCUGUCAGUGGAUCAGCCCAAACAAUGAAUGCAAUGAUACGUGCCCCAAGGAGCAUGGGUGACAAAAUGGUGUUAAAGAAAAAGUUCAUUUCAAAUUGUAAGAUGAAGACACGCAGGAGGUGAUUUAAUAUUGCAGCACAGCAGCUGGAGGUUAACUAGGAUUUGAUACUGCUAGGUGGUUUCAGUGGAGCUGCUUCAUAUUGAACAAUGUGUGCAGUGGAGGAAUGUAACUACAAGUAGGCUACUCAAGUACAAUAUUCAUGGAUAACAUUGUGCUCAGAUGGGUAAGACUGCAUGUACAUUCCACACUAAUAAAGUUUCACACUUAAAAUAAUAA